ACCACUUACUCCCCUUCUUUAAAAGGAAACCACGCUGCACCCGAGGCUUCUCCAUGCAGUUGCCCUAUCUUUUUCCUCACCCCGUCCCAUCGCCUAGCGGCAAGCCCUGAUCCCAUCAUCUCUAUCUCCCCCAACCCCCAUCUCUCUCUCUAAUUUCAUCUGGUCCAUCGAUCGAUCGGAAUAGCGCUGUGAGACUAUAACAGUACUGCUUGAGGAUGGGGAGGGGAAAGAUUGAGAUCAAGAGAAUCGAGAACACCACGAGCCGCCAAGUGACCUUCUGCAAGCGCAGGAAUGGGCUGCUGAAGAAGGCCUAUGAACUCUCCAUCCUCUGCGACGCUGAGAUCGCUUUGGUCAUCUUCUCUAGCCGAGGUCGCCUAUAUGAAUAUUCCAGUAACAGUGUAAGGUCGACGAUUGAGAGGUACAAGAAAGCAUCUGCCAGCACUUCAGGAACAGCUCCAGUGAUAGAUGUCAACUCUCUUCAAUUCUUUCAGCAAGAAACGGCAAAACUGCGCCAGCAGAUACAAACCUUGCAGAACUCAAACAGGCACCUGAUGGGUGAAUCAAUUGGCAAUAUGACCGCAAAGGAGCUCAAGGGCCUUGAAAACAGGCUUGAAAGAGGCAUUGGCCGAAUCCGGUCCAAGAAGAACGAGUUGCUACUCGCGGAGAUCGAAUAUAUGCAGAAAAGGGAAGCGGAUCUGCACAAUGAAAACAUGUUCCUACGGGCCAAGGUUGCAGAGGUUGAGCGAGCUCUGCAGCAGGAGGCGGCGGCAGAAGACCAGACGAUGGCAAUGGGGCCGGCGGCCGUCGGCGGGGCUACGACGGAGCUGAAAGCGCUGCCGGCGUCGUUCGACCCGCGUGGCUAUGGCUACUACCAGCAGCAGCAGCAGCAGCAUGUGCUGGCCGCUGCCUCCGCUGCCUCGUCGUCGCAGUACUCGGAGCAGCCCCAGGGCCAGGGCCAGCAGGAGUACGAGUACCACCACCAGACUGCCCUCCACCUCGGCUACCAUGUCAAGAUCCACUCCGCCGCCGGCGGCAAAGGCUUCCUCUGAUCUAGAGCCGCUCGCGCGCAUGCAUGCAUCUCGAUCACCUCAUCAGAAUCUGACGGACGGACGGGCCGGCAGUGACCGUCUUUAAUUAAUUAGUUGUGUCUCCAUCAGCUAGCUAAUUAAGAACAUUUAAUUGUUGUGUGUGCAGAGUUUGCAGACUAUAUAUAAGCUACCAAACAAUAUUGUCGUGAAUAUAUAGCUAGAUUGACUAUAUGCAUGUACGGUGUGGAUGGAAGAAUAAAUAUAUAUAAUAUAUGUGUUGUGUGCCUA